GCACUGAAUUUCUAAACACAAGAACUUGCUUAGACAGUUGGUUUAGUGUCUGUAUAUGGGCAAUAAUACUCUGUCCUGCAGUAGGCAGUCAUGUCAGCUGAAACACCAAUCACACUGAAUGUUAAUCCUCAGGAUCUGCAGGUCCAGACAUUCACCGUAGAGAAGCUGCUGGAGCCUCUCAUAAUCCAGGUUACUACACUUGUAAAUUGUCCCCAGAAUCCUUCCAACAGGAAAAAAGGACGUUCAAAAAGAGCCAGAGUCCUUCUAGCUUCUGUGGAGGAAGCAACUUGGAAUUUAUUAGACAAGGGAGAGAAGAUUGCUCAAGAAGCCACAGUUUUAAAGGAAGAGCUUACUGGGGCACUUGAGGAAGUUCGCAAAGAAAGUGAAGCUCUGAAAGUAUCAGCUGAGAGAUUUGCAGAUGAUCCCUGUUAUCUCCCAAAAAGGGAGGCUGUGGUUCAAGUUGCCCGUGCCUUGUUGGCUGCAGUUACCAGACUCCUUAUCCUCGCAGAUAUGAUUGACGUCAUGUGUCUCUUGCAGCAUGUGUCAGCUUUUCAGAGAACAUUUGAGUCUCUUAAAAAUGUUUCCAACAAAUCUGACCUCCAGAAAACCUACCAGAAGCUUGGGAAGGAGCUGGAAAAUCUGGACUAUUUAGCCUUCAAACGUCAGCAGGACCUAAAAUCUCCAAAUCAGAGGGAUGAAAUUGCAGGUGCCCGGGCCUCAUUGAAGGAGAACUCCCCCAUAUUGCAUUCAAUUUGUUCAGCUUGUUUGGAACAUUCUGAUGUUGCUUCCCUCAAAGCCAGCAAGGACACAGUUUGUGAAGAAAUUCAGAAUGCCCUCAAUGUAAUUUCAAAUGCUUCACAAGGCAUCCAGAAUGUGUUAGUCCCACCAGAACCUCAGGCAGCCACCCUGGGAAGUGCCCUUGAUGAGCUUGAGAAUUUAAUUGUCUUGGAUCCACUCACAGUGACUGAGGAGGAAACAAGACCAUCCCUAGAGAAACGCCUCGAAGCCAUUAUCAGUGGGGCUGCUCUGUUGGCUGACUCUUCAUGUACGAGGGAUUUCCAUCGGGAGCGAAUUAUCGCAGAAUGCAAUGCCAUUCGCCAGGCUCUCCAGGACCUGCUUUCAGAGUACAUGAACAAUACUGGAAAAAAGGAAAGGAGUAAUACCUUGAAUAUUGCAAUAGAAAACAUGUGCAAGAAGACGAGAGACCUUCGCAGACAGCUCCGUAAGGCUAUUAUAGAUCAUGUGUCAGACUCCUUUUUGGAUACGACAGUCCCACUUUUGGUUCUCAUUGAAGCUGCCAAAAAUGGCCGGGAAAAGGAAAUAAAAGAAUAUGCUGCGAUAUUUCGUGAACACACCAGCAGGCUUGUAGAGGUGGCAAAUCUUGCUUGUUCCAUGUCAACAAAUGAAGAUGGAAUUAAGAUUGUCAAAGUUGCAGCCAAUCACCUGGAAAACUUGUGUCCACAGAUUAUUAAUGCUGCACUUGCUUUGGCUGCAAGACCCAAAAGUCAAGUGGUCAAAAAAACCAUGGAAAUGUACAGAUGCACGUGGGAGAAUCAUAUCCAUGUCCUCACUGAAGCUGUAGAUGACAUUACAAGCAUUGAUGACUUCCUUGCUGUAUCUGAGAGUCAUAUCCUAGAAGAUGUCAACAAAUGUAUCAUAGCCUUGAGAGACCAGGAUGCUGAUAAUUUAGAUCGAGCUGCAGGUGCUAUCAGAGGACGGGCCGCAAGAGUUGCCCACAUUGUCACAGGUGAAAUGGACAGUUACGAGCCAGGAGCUUACACAGAAGGUGUGAUGAGAAAUGUUAACUUCCUGACAAGUACUGUAAUUCCAGAAUUUGUAACACAAGUGAAUGUUGCCUUGGAAGCCUUAAGUAAAAACUCUUUGGAUGUGUUUGAUGAUGAUCAGUUUGUGGACAUCUCAAAAAAGAUCUAUGAUACAAUUCAUGAUAUCAGAUGUUCAGUCAUGAUGAUUCGGACUCCAGAGGAACUAGAGGAUGUUUCUGACCUGGAAGAAGAUCACGAGGUCCGCAGUCACACCAGUGUUCAGACUGAAGGGAAAACUGACCGGGUGAGUCCCCUCCCUGUGGGGAGAGCUGUGUGCCAUGCCCUCUCCUUGUCAAUCCAGGCAGCCUCUCACAGCAUCACAGUUACCUAUUCUGAUGAUGAUGGUGAUGAUGAUGAUGAUGAUGAUGAUAACA